AAGACCGCCGUGUAAACGUAGUCAUAGGUACUCAUUUUAUUCUAAAUUAAAAUUAUCGUUAUACACUAAGAAGUGAAGACAGGCUAUAUGAUUAUAAUGAUCGUUUAUCAGUGUUUUAUAUUCUUAGAAGUGUUAAAUGAGAGAUGACUAGGGAAAUUACCAAUGAGCCGAUUUUCAUCGUCCAAGUUUUAUUUCGGCGUCGACGCGUCACCAACUGUGUCCACCUUUGAUUGGUUACCAUCUGGAGCAAGCGCAGUGAUUUAAAAAUGUUACGGAAAGUCUGUCGUUUCAACAAUGAUCAACAAACAACGAACAAACAAUAAUGGGAGCAAACAUUUAAAGUCAUUAUUAGUCGGCCGACUUCACACCUGUUUUAGCUCUGGUUAAAUAAUUUUCCUUGCAAAAUUUUUUUUAUCGCAAUCUUAUUGAGAUCCAAUAUUAUUUAUGAAGAUUUUCGUAAAGGGACAUUGAGCAAAUAUUACUUUGAAUUAUUUAUAUAUGUUCUACUUUGAUGGUGAUUUUCUAUGUUCGGAUAUAGAGAAUUGCUGUUCUGUCAGAAUUGUCAAAUUUAAGAUUGGCUUCUCAAUUAUUUGUAUAUUGUAAAGAAUUUUAUAUAUCUUAUAAUUAUAUCAAUGGCAAACUCAUCUGGAGGAAGACAAAGAUCUAUGAAUUUUAAGGAGCAGAAUGGAUUUUCAAGUAACAGUAGUUCAGAGAAUGCUGCUUUAACACGAAAGUUGCAAUUAAAAACCGACGCUCUUAUUGUCUUAAGUCAAGAAUUAGAUCAAUGUCGGGUACAACGUGAUCAAUUUAAGUUAAUGGCUGAACAAAUUCAAGAGCGCUUUUUACAUUUGAGGCAACAAACAUCAGAGGCAAGAGAAUUAAAUGGAUUGUACAAUUUAGAUGAGAACUUCAGAACACAGGAUCUGUUAAUUGAAACUAGAGAACAGAAUAAAUGCCUAAGAUUGCAAGUUGAAACCUUGAGGCAAAAGCUAGGUGAUGCACAAGGAGAUAUUAAAGUGCUUAGAACAAGCAAUCGUACAUCUGGAGAUCAGCAAGAAGUACAGAAUGUACCUGCAGCACAUCAAAGAGAAGAGAUGAUAGAACAGCUAGAAAAAUUGAACAUUAAGUGUGCCCAGUUGCAAACAGAUCUUCAGACUCUCUUGGAUGAAAAACAUGAACUAGAAAUAGAACGUGAUGCAUUCAAAUGCAAGGCGCAUAGGCUGAAUCAUGAAUUAUCCAAAGCUCUGAGUGCUUCGAAACCAGUGGAUCUAGAUGCUCUUAUCAAUGAAAAUAGAUAUUUGCAGGAGAGACUCCAACAAUUACUUGAAGAAAAAGAGCUUGCUCGACAAUCCCUUUCAAAGUAUAAGAGCAUGCUGGAUAGUAAAAGGAUAAAGGGUACUAUCAAGUUAGGUGGAAAUUCAGCUGCGGGAACAGUAAUGACUCAUAAACAAGUUGAGCAACUGCUGCAUCAAGGUUCACAAAUUCCACCUCAACGAUCUGCUGCUGCAAUGUCUGACUUACGCUGCUUGUGUGCUGCUUUACUAGAAGCAUUGAAUGAUAAAACACUUGCUUUAGUGCAUCAAAAAAAAGCUAACAAAAUACUAGCAUUGAGAAUAUGCGAGCUGGACAAUGCAGUACAAUCUCCUACAAUGAAACUAUUGGAAGGAUAUGCUGGUUCAGAUGUGGAUAUAAUAGGUCAUGAAGACUUUGAUGAGUGUGUUAAUACAUCCCAAUCUCAAUUGGAAUCUACUGAUGAUAAAGGGAAUAACACACGUACGGUAAGUAAUGCUGUUACAGAAAAUUGUGCUGAAAGUAACAAUGAAGUGGCGCAAUUGACAUUGCCCAAAAAUUUAGAUGCUCUUGUUCAGAAAGCUUUGAAUAAUUUAAAAGAAACUGAGAAGGACAAUUCCGAAUAUUAGACUAUCUAUGCUUACUGGAGCAAUGUAUGUACAGUUAAGGAAAAACGCAUUGAAACCGCGCUUGUGUUACCUAAAGUUCAUAUCAUAGUAUAUCAGUACUACUAUUAAGAGAAAUCCACAAAUUGAAUCUCUAUACUUUAGCCAGAGUUUAUAUACAGCCAGUGACUAGUCAUUUAUUUUCUAGCGAUUUUACGAGUCUCUUUUACUUUAUAACAGUUUACUGCCUACAACCAAACUAUAUAUAUUUCGAACAAUGUCUUCUGGACAAUGUUGUUAAUUUUAAAUUGAAAAGAAUGAACAACACAAAGAUGAUUUGCAUCUUAAUUCCAAAGUACACUCCAACAGCCUUUAGUAUUAUAUUGCAUUAUGUUAUAAAAAUAAUGUUUGUACAAUAUAUUUCUUGUUGUUCAAGAAUAAAAAUGGUCUAUACUUGGA